AUGAGACUGUACGAAAAUGUUUGUCGGUGGUCCGUCAAUAAUUUAGAAUGCACAAUAUUUCUGCCCAUUGGUCACACCCACUGCUACCCAACCGCGCUGAUGCACCGCGUGCUCACCUUUGACUUCAUUUCAAACUGGACCAUGGCAGAUGCUGCACGUUUUACGAAGGGGCUCGGUGGACGCAAACCCAGAAAGGAUUUAUGGACUUAUUUUGUAUUUAACCCAACUGAAAGAAGAACCGAAUGUAUCGUCGAGGGAGACGGAGGUAAAUGUGGAUUUAAACUUGGUGGAAAAAACACGACAAAUCUUAAGCGGCACCUGAAGGCUCACCACCCUGAUAUUUUUUCCAAGAUCCCAGAGAUCCUAACUCCUAAAGAGAAACCUGGUGGUCCAAAGAACGACAGGUCACAGUCAUCUAUACCAGCAGCCUUUGCCGCAGGAUCUAAAUAUAAAACAGAUUCUCAGGAACAACAUGCCAAAGAACAGGCGAUUGCUCUUUGGAUUGGACGAACAGGUCUACCUGCUUGCACAGUUGAGGAUGAAGAUUUCAUCCUUAUGAUGGAGACCUUUGAUAAGAGGCUCACCAUACCGAAAAGAACAAAAAUAAACAACUUGGUUGACAAGAUUUAUGAUGGUGAAAAGCAAAAGUUCAAAGAGAGGCUUGCAACAGCACACAAAAUAACAAUUGGACUGGACAUAUGGACCAAAAAAGGCCUUACAGCAUCAUUUCUAGCAAUUAGUGCAUGCUUUUUUUGCACUGUUGAAAACAAAGCACAGCACAUACUGUUGAGACUUGACCAGCUCCCUCACCCACACACUGCUGAGUGUAUAAAAACCCAUGUUGAUCAAUGUACAGAGGACUGGGGAAUACCCCAACACAAAAUUCUGACAGUCAUAACUGAUAAUGGAAGCAACAUGAUUGCUGCGUUCAAAGCUAAUGAGCCGGAUGAACUCAGUAGCUCUGAGGAUGAAUCCAUCGAUGUGAGCGACACAGAAGACCCUGAAGUGAUUGGACAAGACCAAAGGUUUGGAGCCAUAGAUAGGACCCCAUGUGUUGUACACACACUGCAACUCGUUGUGAACAUGAUCCAGAAGGAUGCAAGUAUAAACCGACUGCUGGGCAAAGUUAGACUGCUUGUCAAGCUCUUUCGCAAGUCAUCAGUGGCAACACAGCGUUUGCUCCAGGACUCAGUAGUUCAGGUUGCAGAUGAGAUGAGCUGGGACUAUCUACUGCCAACAGUGACGUCCUACUGGAACCAGGCCGCAGCCAGACCUGAUAGACUGAGAGCGCUGGUUUACCACAUCCGCGCCCAUCACCAGAGUGGAGGGGUUUUACCAAAUGGAAAUUCCCUCGCUGCCCCCACCCCCGGAGCCAAGCUUGGCGGAGGCUCUCAGAGCAAAGGUGUCCAGAAGACCGAGUCCAGUGGAAAACCUUGCUCUCAGCCCGAGCUGCACGCUUUUCACCGCAGUGGUGUCAAACGCAUGUUCCCGCGACGCCGGCAGCCUUCACCCAAACAACGCUGUGUUGAUGAAGGCGCGCACACCUCUCCCCAGCACAUGCCGGCUCGCAUCAGCAUGAUUGUGAGACCGCAGAAUGAGUCCAGUGGGAAACCUCGCUCUCAGCAGGAGCUGCACGCUUCUCACCGCAGCGGUGUCAAACGCACUUUCCCGCGGCGCCGGCAGCUUUCACCCAAACAGCGCUGCGUUGAUGAAGGUGCGCACACCUCUCCUCAACACACGCCGGUUCACAUCGACAUGAAUGUGAACUUGCAGCCGAAGCGUGCUCAGAGCCCUUUCGAGAAAACCUCGCCUUGGGGCACGCGGAGCACACUUCUGCGAUGCAUGACUGCGGUCGAGGCUGUAACUGGCUGA